UUGCGCCUGCGCAAUGGGCAGGCACGAACAAGUGUGCUGAACCCUUGGUGCCGGCUGGGGGCGAGCGGACCUAGAGCAGCCGCCGGAGCCGUUGGACCGUCGCAGCGGGGUUUCAGAGGCCCAGGAGGUGGGAGACUUCCCACUAGGUGUCUGAGAUGUCGUCCACCGCAGCCUUUUGCCUUCUCUCUACCCUGGGAGGGUACUUGGUGACCUCAUUCUUGUUGCUUAAAUACCCGACCUUGCUGCACCAGAAAAAGAAGCAGCGAUUCCUCAGUAAACACAUCUCUCACCGCGGAGGUGCUGGAGAAAAUUUGGAGAAUACAAUGGCAGCUUUUCAGCAUGCAGUUACUAUUGGAACUGACAUGCUAGAAUUGGACUGCCAUAUCACAAAAGAUGAACAAGUUGUAGUGGCACAUGAUGAGAAUCUAAAGAGAUCAACUGGGGUCAACGUAAAUGUCUCUGAUCUGAAGUAUUGUGAGCUCCCACCUUACCUUGACAAACUGGAUGUCCCAUUUCAAAGAGCAUGCCAAUGUGAAGGAAAAGAUACCCGAAUUCCAUUACUGAAGGAAGUUUUUGAGGCCUUUCCUAACACCCCCAUUAACAUCGAUAUCAAAGUCAACAACAAUGUGCUGAUUAAGAAGGUUUCAGAAUUGGUGAAGCAGUAUAAGCGAGAACACUUAACAGUAUGGGGUAAUGCCAGUUAUGAAAUUGUAGAAAAGUGCUACAAAGAGAAUUCAGAUAUUCCUAUACUCUUCAGUCUACAACGUGUUCUGCUUAUUCUUGGCCUUUUCUUCACUGGCCUCUUGCCUUUUGUGCCUAUUCGAGAGCAGUUUUUUGAAAUCCCAAUGCCUUCCAUCACAUUGAAGUUAAAAGAACCACAUACCAUGACCAAGAGUCAAAAGUUUCUCAUCUGGCUUUCUGACAAAUUAUUAAUGAGGAAAACUUUAUUUGACCACCUCACUGCCCGAGGCAUUCAAGUGUACAUUUGGGUAUUAAAUGAUGAACAAGAGUACAAAAGAGCUUUUGAUCUGGGAGCAACCGGAGUCAUGACCGACUUUCCAACAAAGCUGAAGGAUUUUUUACAUAAUUUUCCAGCAUAGAAAGGUACUUGAAUGUAUUCAGAGAAACCAUGGAAAGAUCUAAGAAGAGAAUAUAUCACCAUCAUUUCCCUAAGAUACUUCCAGAAUGAUACAUGGUUUAAUCUAAGUUUUGAUUACCUCAUUUUUAAGCCUGUAUGAGAAUGUAGAAACUAUAUAUUGUAUAUUUAUUUUAAACAGUACAGCAUAUUUUACAAUUGUAAAUUGUUCAGAAAGAUAACUGGUAGGAGAUGUAAGUACAUUAUUGAUGAAGAUAUUUGUAUAUAUUGCAGUAUUCUACUAUAAUUACAUCUGAAAUCAGAGACUGUUGGAUAAAUUUGCUGUUAGUUUCAUUGGAAUAAGACCAACUUCUUAGUAAAAGAAAGUUAUUGAAGGCCAUUACAGCUGCUCUGCACUGUUUCAUUAUAUGUAGAAACAUCUUCAUUAAGCCAGGCAUGAUGGUGCACUCCUGUAAUUCCAGCACUUGGGAGGCUGAGGCAGGAGGAUCAUUGCAAGUUCAAGACCAGUCUAGGCUACAAAGUGAGGUCAAGGCCAGCCUUUUUGAGACUCUGUCUCAAAAAGACAAAAAGAGAGAGAAUAUAAUGAAAGAAGAGCUUGAAAAGCAAUGCUCUAGUUUUCCAGCAAGUUAUACAUUGUUAGUAGAAGGCAGGCUCAAAGAAAUAACUGAGCCAGGUGUGAUGGCACACACCUGUAAUCCCAGCACUUGGGAGACUGAGGCAGGAAGAUCACUUGAAUUUGAGGGCAGCCUGGACUACAUAGUAAGUUCAAAGCAACCUGAACUGUAGUGAGAUAACUGUCUUUAAAAAAAAAAAAAAAAAAAAAAAAGUAGACUUUUCAACUGUAGAUUAAGACCAUGUCCAGAUAGUCAUUUUUUUUAAUGAUUUCUCUAAGAAAAUGCAAGAUUUUCGUUUUUUGGCCUUGACUGUUUGAGUCUACAUCUAGAUUUUAAAUAACACCUUGAACUCUAAUAAUGUUAUUAAGCUGUUGGAAGUAUACAUAUCAUUGUUUGUAAUUCUGCUAGUAUGAACCACUGUCCCUGAUCUUUACAAAUUCAGUCUUCUAAACAUUAAGUAGAAACAGAUUUUCCCAAAACUUGCUCGGUUUUUAUGAUGUGACUUCAUGUAAAUGUUUCUGAGUUUUUUGACUAAUUUUUAUGCUCUCAAAUUGAUAGAUAAAUAUAAUCUGAAGUGUGUCUUUUACCCAUAUUGUGUCUUUCACUUGGAGUUUGAUAUUUGUACAGCUAUGAAGGAUGACUAUACUCUCUCACCUGUCCCUGGAAGACAUAUGUAUUGUUUGCGUUGUUGUUUAACCCGAAAUAAAGUUUUCCAAGAACAAA